AUGGUUAGCUCUACUAUGUUUUCUUUACAAUCAAUCAAGAAGCUUCCGCUUUGUUGGGGUCCUAACAUCCCACUACGCUCCGCAGCCCCGGCGCCCACGCGGGCUGGUUGUGCACUAGCCCCACGACUAGUCCCGGGCGAACACUGCAAUGCCGGCGUCACCACCCGCGCCGCUUACCUUCAUGAGGCAGCCGCUCACAGAGUACUGAGAUACCUCAAAGGUAGUCCAGGUUGUGGUCUUUUCUAUCCUGCUACAUCUUCUACUACCUUAACUGCAUUUAGUGACUCUGAUUGGGCUGGUUGUGUGGAUACACGAAAGUCUAUCACUGGUUAUUGUGUGUUUCUUGGUAGUGCACUGAUCUCAUGGAAGUCAAAGAAGCAGACAACCACAUCUCGUUCGUCUUGUGAAGCAGAGUAUCGGGCCAUGGCAGCAACAGUGUGUGAGAUACAAUGGCUCAAUUACCUUCUUCAUGAUCUAGAAGUUUCUCAUUCUACUUCUGUAUCAAUGUAUUGUGAUAAUCGGUCAGUUAUGCACAUUGCUCAUAACCCAAGUUAUCACGAAAGGACCAAGCAUAUUGAGCUCGACUGCCACAUAGUCCGUAAGAAGCUUCAACAAGGACUCAUUCAUCUUCUACCAGUGUCUUCCUCUUUGCAAAUUGCUGACAUUCUUACAAAACCCUUGGCCCCUGCCCCAUUCCAUAGUAUCUACUCCAAACUGGGGAUGCAUAACAUCCAUUCUCCAGUUUGA